GUAAUAAUAAUUCACGGAAAAAGUAUGAAAGAUUUAUGUGUUCCCGCCGGCAGCAGCACCGCCAUGAAUCCCCACCACAUGGCAUAGCCACUCAACCUAAUUCUUAAUACCUUUUUCCUUUGCGUGUUUGAUAUGAUAUACUAACAUUUCAUCUCUUUCCUCACUUCCAUUUCUUUCUAACGAUGAACACAAUUGCCCUUAUUCGCAACCGCGCCAUCAAAUCCGCUCGCAGGAUUCUCCUUGCUUCCCCAAAUUCACCAUUUUUUGCCUUCCCACCUGCAAAACCUCGUUUCAAUCAUCACCACCCUUUUCAAAUUCAUCGCACAAAGGGUAAUGUUUUUGGCUUACCCUCUUCCAAUUUUGUCCCUGUAUCAUUGCCUUGCAGUUUAAGCACAACGAAUAGGGACGUCUUCACCUUCAAGGUUCGAAAUUUCUCAACCACUGUUGAGACCCGUGUCAAUGACAACAACUUUGAGAGGAUUUACGUUCAGGGUGGCAUCAAUAAUGUGAAGCCAUUGGUGGUGGGAAGUGAUGACAAGGAUGAUGAGAAAAAUUUAGGUGGUGAUGUGCAUGUGACCAAAGGGGAGGACUCAGAGGUGGAAAAACAAGCAUGGAAGUUGUUGCAGGGAGCUGUUGUGAGCUAUUGUGGCAACCCUGUGGGGACUGUGGCUGCAAAUGAUCCUGGUGACAAGCUACCCUUGAAUUAUGAUCAGGUCUUUAUUAGGGAUUUUGUCCCUUCAGCACUUGCUUUCUUGCUCAGGGGAGAACAUGAGAUUGUUAAGAACUUUCUUCUUCACACCUUGCAGUUGCAGAGUUGGGAGAAAACAGUGGACUGCUACAGUCCAGGCCAGGGCUUGAUGCCUGCAAGUUUCAAAGUUAGAACUGUGGCUCUUGAUGAAGAUAAUCAUGAAGAAGUUUUAGAUCCUGAUUUUGGGGAAUCAGCUAUUGGUCGUGUUGCACCUGUAGAUUCAGGAUUGUGGUGGAUCAUCCUCUUGCGGGCUUAUGGGAAGCUCACUGGUGAUUGCAGCUUGCACGAAAGGGUGGAUGUUCAAACAGGAUUAAGAAUGAUCCUUAAGUUGUGUUUAACAGAUGGUUUUGAUAUGUUUCCUUCUUUGCUAGUCACCGAUGGGUCUUGCAUGAUAGAUAGGCGGAUGGGAAUUCAUGGCCACCCCCUUGAGAUCCAAGCAUUAUUUUACUCCGCUCUUCGCUGCUCACGUGAGAUGCUUGUUGCAACUGAUGGAAGUGGAACCGAUAAUCUAAUUAGGGCCAUUAACAACAGACUCAGUGCGCUGUCAUUCCACAUUAGAGAAUAUUAUUGGGUGGAUAUGAGAAAGAUCAAUGAAAUAUACAGGUAUAAAACUGAAGAGUACUCCACUGAUGCCAUCAACAAAUUCAACAUCUAUCCAGAACAAAUUCCAUUGUGGUUAAUGGAUUGGAUUCCAGAAGAAGGUGGAUAUCUGAUUGGCAAUUUGCAGCCAGCUCACAUGGACUUCAGGUUUUUCACCCUUGGAAAUCUUUGGUCUAUCGUCUCAUCAUUGGGCACCCCAAGACAGAACCAGGCUAUUUUAAAUUUGAUAGAAGCAAAAUGGGAUGAUCUUGUGGGCCAUAUGCCUCUAAAGAUAUGUUAUCCUGCCUUUGAUAAUGAAGAGUGGCGCAUAAUUACUGGCUGCGACCCAAAGAAUACCCCUUGGUCAUAUCACAAUGGUGGAUCUUGGCCAACCCUUCUGUGGCAGUUCACGCUGGCAUGCAUCAAAAUGGGGCGAAUUGAACUUGCUCAGAAAGCCGUUGCUUUGGCUGAGAAAAGACUGCCAGUUGAUUCUUGGCCGGAAUACUAUGAUACGCGUACUGGAAAAUUUAUUGGAAAACAAUCGCGGCUAUAUCAAACAUGGACUAUAGCUGGUUUCCUUACGUCCAAGAUGCUUUUGAAGAAUCCUGAGAUGGCAUCCAUGUUAUUCUGGGAGGAAGACUAUGAGCUUCUUGACAUAUGUGUUUGUGGACUUAGCAAGAGGGGCAGGAAAAGGUGUUCUCGUGGUGCUGCAAGGUCUCAAAUUCUUGUAUGAUGAAUACAUAGUGUAGUGUACAUUCAUAGAGUUCAGGAGAUCAUAUGUUUAUAUAAUGCGUUUGGUAGGUUAUAGGAAAAGUUAAAUUGGAAAAUUAACAUGUUCUCCAUUGUUGUAAAUUAUGGUAAAGAAGGCUUUCCUUUGUUCUGGGAGGCCUAUUCUCACACUUUUUUUUUACUUUUUUUAACAAUGACGGGAUAGAGGUUUAGAAGUAUGACCUCUUGUGUGUAUACCCACAAAUAUUCACAUUGAUUUAUCUCAUUAUACAGUUGCGACUU